UAUGUGAUUAAUUACAGGUUGUGUUUCUUGUCUGGUGUUUCGUUCCCAUUCGAAACAAUGGUUCAAAUUAUAUAUAUUCGCGAGUAA